UGGAUUCCUAUCUUCGUAUCGAAGGAGUUUUGAAAACAUUUACGCAAUGGUGUGGAAAAUCGCCAAUCGCUACACUUUAAAUUGGCACGAUCGACAUCAGAACUUAUUUUAGAGCUAACGAGAUUCAUUUAACAGCGUCGAACGCCUUUUGAGACGGAAGAGUUGCCUCGAAGUCGAGUUGUUUGCCGUGAUAAAUCGCGGAUGUCAGUGUAUAUAUCUCAUAUGGCUUCAUAAAUAGCAGAGACCUGCUCGAUCAUUUACUGUGGGAAAUAUGGAUAAAAGUGAGAGGCUGUCGAGGACAGCUUCGGUUGCUUAUACCAAAGGACUUCUCAAUAAUCCCGGCGAGAAUAACUGCUUUUUGAACUCCGCUGUACAGGUAUUGUGGCAUCUCGAUGUAUUUCGCCGAAGCUUUCGAGAAAUCUCUGGCCAUUUUUGUGUUGGUGAAUCAUGCAUAUUUUGUGCUUUGAAGGUCAUAUUCACCCAAAUUCAAUACAGUGACGAAGCAGCAUUACCUCCAGAUGCACUGAGACAGGCACUGGCUGUAACAUUCAAGGAUCAACAAAGAUUUCAGUUACAAGAUAUGGAUGAUGCUGCUGAAUGCCUUGAAAACAUCUUAAAUCGACUGCAUUUUCAUUUUGCCAUGAAUGAGAAAGAUGAAGUGUGUAGUGCUGCCCACUGCGUUUCACACAGAAAAUUUGCGAUGGAAAUCAUGGAACAGAGUAUCUGUUCCUGUGGUGCAACGUCAGAACCAUUGCCAUUUUCCCAGCUGGUUCAUUACGUGUCGGUCUCCGCUUUAUGUCACGAGGCGGACGUCUUAAGCAGCAAACUUAAAGGAUUGAAUGAGGAUAUGUUUGGUUACCUGUUGAAGAAGGCUGUUAAUCAAGGAGAUGUUAGAACGUGCCCCGGUAAUUGUGGAAAAAAAAUCAAAGUGCAACAGUCGCUUUUGAAUUGCCCAGAUGUCGUGUGCAUUGGCCUGAUCUGGGAUUCUGAAACGCCCGACGUUGAACAGAUAACACAGCUGUUGGAUUGCAUUGAUCCCGUCAUUCGUUUGCCUGAGGUAUUUCCCCGUGUAGUUGACGAUAGAGCCAGGAAGGUUGGGCUAUUGUUGGCUGGCGUGGUCACGUACUACGGCAAACAUUACUCGACGUUCUUUAAAAGUGACAAACUCAGGACUUGGAUCUAUUUUGAUGACGCCAGGGUUCGCAAGUGUGGUUCAGAAUGGGAGACGAUUCGCAAGAAAUGCUGUCAAAAUCACUACCAGCCAUUGCUCUUGCUCUACGUUAACCCCCACGGCGUGCCCGUCAACACGAAACGUGCUCUUUCCGAAGUAAAACUUGUCGAUACGAAGACCUUACUCGCCAGCCAAGAGAACAGCAGAUCGCGGAGUUUCACGAACGAAAAAACGAACGACCUUAGCGGGGGCUCGUUGUCCGUUGUGGACGAAACCAAGUCAAAUGGCGACGCUGUCGACGGCUUGUUGUCAAGUUCCAGCAGUCAUUCGCUCGGCUCCGACCGAGGCUCGGGAAAUUACGUUGAGCUUUCGCCUCCUGAUCGGAAAAAGAGCAGGAGGACUAUGAAGAAACUACGGGGCAUUGGGUCGGAUAUAAAAAGGGCCUUAUCUCGUAGUAGGAAUAAUUCUCCGACCCGGGAACAAAAUAACUCCGAACCUGGGACUCCUGUAUCUAGCGAGAACAAUUCACCGAUUACCCCAGAUAUACCUACGCCUAAUCUGAAGGGCAGGUUUUCUCGUAGUAGGAGCAAUUCUCCUACUCCGGAACAAAGUGCGAGCGAUUUAAAGAGGUCGUUCUCUCGUAGUAGAAACAAUUCUCCUACCCCGGAACAAAGUUCGUCUGAUGUGAAGACCGCGUUUUCUUAUAGCAAGGACAACUCUUCGUCUCCAGAAAGGAAUAACAAUAAUACGAAGUCUUUGCAUACGGGGAAAGUUGAAAGAAUUAACGAGGAGAGGAAACAAAAUUCGUGUGAUGAUCUCAUCAAGCUGGAGGAUGACCCCAAGGCUAAGAUCAUGCGUGCUUACAACACAACUUCAAUUCGUGGUCGUGAGGUCGACGAGGUUGAUAGCGGCGUGGGAUCUAGUAGCAGCCAGGCCAGCUCACCAGCCACAAGCUCUGUGAGUUCUGUUGAUACAACCACAGAUGAUCUCAUUGAUUUUUCAACAAGAACUUUUCCACGACCUUCAAAAGCAAAUGACGUUCAACAAAAAUUAGCCGUCAUAGUCGAAGAAGCCGAAAACUUAUUGCGAAGGUCAUACGCGUUAGAAAAGGACGAUUUGGCAUUGUCGCUUUCUUUAGCAACAAACGCAUCAACUCGAUUUCGCAUCGCCAUUGAGAAUUGCCCAGUAACCAAAAGCCCCGAGUACAUGGCAAACUUAAGGAGAAGAUACACGACAUGUGUUGAUAGGUCUCGCGAGCUACACCGUCUUAUCAACGAGAAAAAUGAUUAUGAGAGGAGAAUGUUCUCACAGCGCGAAAAACAAAAGUUAAUCGACAAUCAGAGAGGAAGAGAUCAACAGGUUCUGAGGGAAAUGAAGCAAACUCCUGCAACUCACGGAACCCUACCAAGGUCUUCAGUAAAAGAUCGUGCUCAGUUGAGCGAUGUUGGUCCGAUCUCAAGCCGAUCAUUAAACGAUCUUUUCCUAAAUAAUCAUCGUCCAGACUCCGGCUCCCCGCCAACUGCACGAAGAACAAACUCUCGUAUUAUCCACUCGGGUGGUGUCGGCAGUACACGCGAUGAAGUAAACUGUACGCAGAAAAUUAAACCAGAUGUGCUAUGCUACAGUCCCGCCCAUUAUGGUAAAAUAAACGGUCUAAAUAAUGAUUUGGAACGAAUGAGUGUGAAGGAAGAACCUCGUAUUCGGAGCGCAACGGUAACGCACGUGUCAACAUCGUUUAACCCCGUACGCAGUCCUCCAGUUGACCAAUUGUUGCAAACCAGCACGGUGUUACCUAACUCCAGAAGUCUACGAAAUACUGACAUUCGUCGUUGUUCUAUUUACGAUAAUAUGCCUCCAAAUCCGGGGAAGGAUCCCCGAAUGAACACAAAUACCCUACAGAGUACAAAUUUACCCCCCACGUACGCUAACACGCGGUCGCGAAGUGAACAAGGGCAGAAUCGUAAGUCGUUUAAUACCCCAAUAUAUGUCGAACCGCCGCCUUACAAUUCUAAAAUUGCUUCUAAAAACCCACCAGGUAGCUUACUUCAGCGUUUCAACGUUCCCGUCACAUUAGGCCACUCGAGAGGUCUCGGGGUUCCCGAAGAUGUACGACGGAUUAACGAGGACGUACGAAACUCGCGAAGGUUGUGCAAUCGUUGUGGUAAAAUUUUCGUGGAGAAAAACACGAUGUUCUGCCCGUCGUGUCAGGAUCUACAGCACAUGUUACGUAAUCUUGACAAUACUGCUAUGCAGUACUAAUUGUAUAUUUCCGAGUGUAGUGAUACUUGGUAGGGGAGGGGUGGGGUUAAUUGUAUAUUUCUAUACACGCGUAUAUGUUUGUGUAAGAAAAAAAUGAGGUCUCUACACCUGUACAGUACAUAUUGUAAUUAAGGUCAUAGCUUCUUUGUAAAAAGUUAUCGUUGAUAUUUAUACUGUAAAGAAAUUUUUCUUCAAAAGAUUAUUUGCAUACUG